UGGGGAUUUAUUUGGCGACCGUUUCCCCAGGGCACCGACAAGCAUCUUUUUUGAAGUUUGAUCAUUCACCUUGACUCCGUGCGAAGCUUGACAGUACCUACCUUACCUACCUUGACCCAGGUUGAGGUGGUUGUUUUGGCAAGAGAACCGUAAGAGCUUUGUGCAGUCUACCAAUCAACAAUCCUCUUCCUUCCUUCACCAACACACCUUUGCCGAACAAAGCGUUUUGUUGUCUUCUGUUCUAUAGCUUCGACACAGACAAACAACUCGUCCUCGAUACCGAUAUUUUUAUUUCGAAACUGGCCUACAGCCUUGGCCUCACUGUCUGUCGAAUUCUAGCACCGAACCGCGCGCCUGUUCAACCUAGACGAAAAGGGACGACAAACAACGGGCCCAGUCGAGAUCUUAGUCGUCGCAUCGAUUGAAACGGAAAGACAGGGUUGGGCGGCUCAGAAGUUGGAACGAGUGGUUGGCAAGCUUCUAAGCAUACCUAGGGUUAGGGGGCCGGCCCAGUGCAUCUGCCACAGGGCAACGUCAGCUCGACCCACCUUUGACCGGCAAGGUCGUCUUCUCAACACAGCUUCAAAUCACGGCGAACAAGAUACGAGAGUUGGUCCAGCUGUGAAACUAUGGGAUCCAUUCCUCAAAGUCCCAGCGUUGCCAAGUCGAUUGGCUCGUUGCGGAGAAGAGACACCGGCUUCCCGGAACCUUUCUGUGGCCAACGGAACACAACCCUACCACAUCCCGAUGCCAUUGUUAGUCCCGACGCUUGCAUCACCGCAGACGACAUAUCUGUUUCCAAGGCCAGGACUCGCAGGUCAUUGCUUCACAGCAAGUACAAGCACACGCUGAGCCACGGCAGAAUCUCACCCAAUGAAAUGUAUCGGGCAAACGAGAGCGUGAUGGUGGAUAGCGAUGGGGACUCCCCUGUGCCACCACCAAUUGCCAGGAUGGCAUCCAUCAACACCAAUUCGACUGACAUCCGGCCCUCGACUAAGGACAGUUACGAUGACCGCAGAUCGAGCCACCCAAUCUCGGAACUGUCCAUGGUAUCACCGUCUACGACUUCGAGCUCCCCUAGUCGGAGAAAGAGCCUUUUCAGGAAGUUGAGAUGGAAUCGUGACUAGAGGACGGUUCUGGAGAACCAACUAGGGAACUUCAACGUCUCUAGUAAAUUCAGUACACCUAGCGAUGUCCACUUGGAUGAACACAAUAAUCAUCGAUAAGCUCGCUUUCAAAUACGACGCUCCACGAGCGCCGCACCAGGCGCACCACGCUCGUUUCCAUCAAACAGGUGGAUCGGAACAAGCUGACCAGCCUGUGACGACUAUGACGAAUUAGUCUACUGGGAUCUGCGAUGACGCAGCAAGCCUGCCAGUAUAUAGUCUGCAACGACUACAGCUGUUGGCAGAGCUCUCCUUGGACUGCGACGAACACUUCCGUGCGGAUAUAAAUACAGUUCACUGCAAGCCCUCCAGGCCAAACCUGGUUCUUUUCGGAAACGCUGUAUCUGAAACUGUCUUUUCUCCUGUAAAAUGCCGGGGGGCGGCGUGAGUUUCUUUUGGAAAUAAAGAGAUAGUGUCUCUUUUUUGGAUGGAUAACACUUGGAUACAAGGCUUUGCCGUGUCACGCUCGUUUCCCUUUGUUAACCGUGGAGUUAACAGUCUUUGAUUCUAGGCCGGCCGCUGGCUCGCAUCAAGGACGUGGUCUUCCACGCAUGGAUCAAUCAUACAUACUCCCAGGUAUGGUUUGGCGUUAAGUUAUAGAUUAAGGCAAAGCAGGGGCCUUUUCAGUGUCCAUAUUUGGGAACGGAGACAAAAGUUUUGGCAAGAUUGCCAAACACUAUGGUUAAUGACAAAAGUUAUGAUUAAUAUAUCUCAGAAUGGAGCACACUGAUAUCAAACCCAACCUUCCAUGCUGACAUAUCUCUGAUGUAAACUCUCGAGCUUAGCUUCCACGAUACGUGCUGUACCCAUAAGGACUCAGCAAUAGCGGGACAUGGUAAUUCUGGCCCGGCUGUACCUCGAAAACGACAGCGACCUCGGGGAAGAAGGUGUUGCCGGCCCCGAAGUAGGAUCCCGUGUCGAACCUCAGGGUCCACCUGCUCUUGCCAGCAGCGGCCAGCUCCCCCAAGACGUCGUCGAGGGUGUAGACAGGGACCUCGCCGCUGUCGUUAUCGGCGCUGUAUGGCAACCAGGUCUUGACGCGGCCGUCUUCGUCUGUCUGGGACUCGAAUGUCUUUGCCGGCGCUGACUGGUGGUGGUGGUGGUGAUGGUGAAGUGUUGCCGUAGGGGCGGGGGGUGAUGGGCCUUCAUUAUUGGCAGUGGUGGCGGCGUUGUUGUUAUUGAGGUUUGAAGAAGACGGCGACGAUGACGAGUUUGGCGCAAAUGAGGACGUCGAGGGCGUCAGCUCCAGGCGUACGCGCAUACCCCGCGCUGGUUGGCCGCGGGUCUGGUCAAGGACGUGGCAGGUUAUCAUGUCUUUGGUUUGUGUUGGAGCUGCCAUUUUUUUCUUCUUCUUUUUGUCCGGGGUGCCUUAAGAAAAGUGUUUGAGACAGGAUGAUGUCUUGUGACUUUAUAAAUGGUAGGUGGGUUUGGUUUCACUGUUGGAGGCAAGGUCUACGAUUGGGUUUUAAUCUCUUGUUUUGUUUAUGCAGUCAGGAAGGUUCUUUUUUCUCCAUCGUACCCCUAUGUCAGGCUGAAGUGACUAACUGUAGGUGGCUCGUACAAAAAAAAGUAGACGCCCAACGACGUCUUACGAUGAUCCUGGAAGUCGGGGUAGGUUGGUUGGCAAGGCGG